UGUCACGUUAUCAAGUAAAUUAAACUAUUUGCGGAAAAGUGCUUAACUUGGGCCGCUUUCUGCCCCCUGUCCUUGGUACCAACGUAAAUGCGCACGCCUGCGUGACGUUUGCACGUUUCCUCUUUCUCCCUCGUAUCUCACUACGGAGGAAGCGAGGAGCCCGAAGGGGCGAAGAAAUAACCCUGGAAUUUAUCUCGUGCAUUACAAAGACAAGAGACCGCCGCCUCUCACUCCAUGUUGCUGUAGUUUCUUUUUCCACCGCAGAGGGAAUUAAAUAUGAUGGAAAGUGAACGAUGAGGUGUUUGUUGCUGGACGGCAGCUGACGGACUGAACCAUGGCUCAGUUUCCCACGCCCUUCGGAGGGGGGUCAGAUACAUGGGUAAUAUCUGUGGACGAAAGAGCCAAACAUGAUCAACAGUUCCUCAGUUUGACCCCCACGCCUGCUGGCUUCAUCACAGGUGACCAGGCUAGGAAUUUCUUUCUGCAGUCGGGUUUACCUGCUCCCAUCUUGGCCCAGAUAUGGGCUCUAGCCGACAUGAACAACGAUGGGAAGAUGGACAUGCAUGAAUUUUCCAUCGCCAUGAAGCUGAUUAAACUAAAGCUACAGGGUCACCCCCUUCCUCCUUCCCUGCCUCCCUCCAUGAAGCCGCAGGCCCUCUCCAUACCUCCACAGCCCCCAUUUGGGAUGCCUUGUAUGGGUGCCAUGCCCGGGCUACCAGCAGUGCCACCAAUGCCCCUACCACCCCUACCCCCAGGAGUGCCGGGGGUGGGCAUGUCCCCCCCUCUGGUACACUCAGUCACCCAACAGGUGCCAUCUCUGCCCAACGGUGCACCUGCUAUGAUACAACCCAUAAGUGGAUUUUCUCAUUCAGCUGCCACACUCAACAAAACCUCUUCGUUCAACCGUUCCAGCAUCAAGCUACAGAAGGUCCAGUCUGUGGAGGCACCCAGUGCUCCGGCGGAGCCCACUGACUGGGCCGUGUCUCAUUCUUCUCGGCUCAAGUACCGCCAGCUGUUCAACAGCCACGACAAAAUGAUGAGCGGUUAUCUCACGGGUCCACAGGCCAGAACUAUUCUUAUGCAAUCCAGUCUACCGCAGACCCAGCUGGCCUCCAUCUGGAACCUGUCAGAUAUUGACCAAGAUGGAAAGUUGACAGCCGAGGAGUUUAUUCUGGCCAUGCACUUGAUUGACAUGGCUAUGUCCGGUCUGCCCCUCCCUCCUUUACUGCCCCCUGACCUCAUACCACCAACUUUCAGGCGAAUGCGUUCUGGUAGUGGAGUGUCUGUGACCAGCAUGCACAUGAUGGACCCACGGUCCCAAGAAGAGCCGGAGGAGGAGGAGAAAGAGCCAGAGAAAAAACUACCAGUUACUUUCGAGGAUAAGAAACGCGAAAACUUUGAGCGUGGAAACCUGGAGCUGGAGAAGCGUCGGCAGGCUCUGCUUGAGCAGCAAAGGAAAGAGAGGGAGAGGCUAGCGACGCUGGAGAAAGAGGAGCAGGAGAGGAAAGAGCGGGAACGACUGGAACAAGAGCGACGCAGACAGCAUGAACUGGACAAACAGCUGGAGAGACAGAGGGAGCUUGAGAGGCAGAGAGAGGAAGAGAGACGCAAGGAGAUCGAGAGAAGGGAGGCUGCUAAGCGGGAGUUGGAGCGUCAGCGACAGUUGGAGUGGGAGAGAACACGCAGACAAGAGCUGCUCACACAGAGAAACCGAGAGCAGGAGAACAUCGUCCUGCUCAAAGCCCGCAAGAAAACACUUGAGUUUGAGCUGGAGGCUCUGAAUGAUAAAAAGUCACAGCUGGAGGGUAAACUGCAAGACAUCCGUUUCCGCCUUUCGUCUCAGAGACAUGAAAUCGAGAGCACCAAUAAGACGCGAGAGCUGCGCAUCGCUGAGAUCACCAGCCUGCAACAACAGCUGCAGGAGUCUCAGCAGUGGUUGAGCAGGUUGAUUCCUGAUAAACAGUGUCUGAAUGACCAGCUAAAGCAGGUUCAGCAGAACAGUCUCCACAGAGACUCUCUGUCCGGUCUUCAGAGAGCCAUUGAAAUAAAAGAGUCUGCCAAACAGGAGCUAAAAGAACAACUGGAUGCUGUGGAGAAGGAGACUCGCUCCAAACUUCUUGAAAUAGACGCCUUCAACACACAGCUAAAGGAACUGAGAGAAAUCCACAACAAACAGCAGAGGCAGAAACAGAAGAAUCUGGAGGUGGACAUCCAUCCCCAGCCAUCACAAGACAGGAACUCCACAGAAUUACAGGAGUCUAGGUUGUCGGCGCCGGAUGAUGGCAUGUCCCCGGCAUGGCGGGAUGAUGGUUUGGGAAGAGCUCCCACUCCUCCUGCGCCCCAGUCCUGGAUGAGCCGAGUCAGCGUAGAGGAGAACCACAGCAGCGCCGACAUCCAAGAGAAUCUCUCAAAGCUUUUGACACAUCAGCCGCAUCCGGGAAAACUACAGCAAGGCCCGUCGACCUGGUCCAUGACUGAAAAGCUCCCGGUGGCUGGUUUUAACCAGGACAAGGUAAAGGUGGUCUACUACAGAGCGCUGUACCCAUUUGAAGCUCGCAGUCACGAUGAGAUCACCAUUCAUCCAGGAGAUAUAGUGAUGGUGAAGGGGGAGUGGGUGGACGAGUCUCAGAUGGGUGAACCUGGAUGGUUAGGAGGAGAGGUUAAAGGGAAGACUGGCUGGUUUCCUGCCAACUAUGCUGAGAAGAUCCCAGAAUCUGAAGUUCCUCUCAGUCUGAGGGCCAGCGCUGCAUCUAGCACCACCCCUAAAUUAGGCACCCGUAUGUCAUCGGCUUCUUCAUCGACCACAGCCGCGCCCGUACAGCAAAUUCCCAACGAGUCUGCUUCCAUGGCCCCGCCCACUUCAGCCCCUCCAGGAGCCCCGGCCUCUUCCUCUUCCUCAACAUCCAGCAAUUGGGCAGAUUUCAGCACUACGUGGCCGUCUGUAGAGAAGCAGGAUAGUGACGGGUGGGACGCAUGGCCGACACAGCCCACUCAGCCGUCUCUAUCUGUGCCCAGUGGUGGUCAGAUGAGACAGCGCUCGGCUUUCACUCCUGCCACGCUGUCGGGCUCCUCACCUUCACCUGUGCUUGGACAGGGUGAGAAGGUGGAGGGUCUGCAGGCUCAGGCUCUGUACCCAUGGAGAGCCAAGAAAGACAAUCACCUGAACUUCAACAAGAACGACGUGAUCACCGUGCUGGAGCAGCAGGAUAUGUGGUGGUUCGGGGAAGUACAGGGGCAGAGAGGAUGGUUCCCCAAAUCCUACGUCAAACUCAUCUCCGGGCCUGUGCGGAAAUCUAUGAGUAUUGAGUCUGGCUCCUCUGACAGCCCCCCUAGUGUUAAGAGACCCAGUCCCUCUCUGAACAAACCCACAGAUCUCGGAGAAGAGUAUGUGGCCAUGUAUACAUAUGAAAGCAGUGAGCAGGGUGACCUGACCUUCCAGCAGGGUGAUGUCAUCACAGUCACAAAGAAAGAAGGGGAUUGGUGGACCGGCACUGUGGGCGGGAGGACCGGAGUCUUUCCCUCCAAUUACGUCAAACCUAAAGAGUCUGAUGGUUUGGGAUCUGCUGGGAAAACAGGAAGUUUAGGCAGGAAACCGGAGAUCGCUCAGGUCAUCGCACCUUACACGGCCACAGGGACGGAGCAGCUGACUCUGGCACCCGGACAGCUCAUUCUCAUUCGAAAGAAAAACCAGGGAGGAUGGUGGGAAGGAGAACUUCAGGCAAGAGGAAAAAAGCGUCAGAUUGGCUGGUUUCCAGCUAAUUAUGUUAAAUUACUGAGCCCCAGCACCGGUAAGACCCCCACAGAGACCAUCCCACCCAAGCUUCCACCACCCAACGCAGUGUGCCAAGUGAUCGGCAUGUAUGACUACAUAGCUCAGAACGAUGACGAGCUGCCUUUCAACAAGGGCCAAAUCAUCAACGUUUUGAGCAGAGAGGAUCCCGAUUGGUGGAAAGGGGAGCUGAACGGUUCUGUCGGCCUUUUCCCGUCAAACUACGUCAAGAUGACCACCGACACAGACCCCAGCCAACAAUGGUGUGCGGACCUGCACCUCCUCGACAUGCUGACCCCGACGGAAAGGAAGAGGCAGGGCUACAUACAUGAACUUAUUGUUACAGAGGAGAACUAUGUCAAUGACCUGCAACUGGUCACUGAGACCUUUCAGAAGCCUUUGCUGGAGUCUGAAGUGUUGACGGAGAAGGAGGUGGCCAUGAUCUUCGUCAACUGGAAAGAACUUAUCAUGUGCAACAUUAAACUGCUCAAGGCAUUGCGUGUGAGGAAGAAGAUGUCAGGCGAGCGCAUGCCGGUGAAGAUGAUUGGUGACAUCCUGACAGCUCAGCUUCCACACAUGCAGCCGUACAUCCGCUUCUGCAGCUGCCAGCUCAACGGCGCCACCCUCAUCCAGCAGAAAACCGACGAGGUGCCCGAAUUCAAAGAGUUUGUCAAGAGGUUGGCGAUGGACCCUCGCUGUAAGGGAAUGCCCCUGUCCAGUUUCCUCCUCAAGCCCAUGCAGAGAGUCACCCGCUACCCUCUCAUCAUCAAAAACAUUAUAGAGAAUACUCCAGAGAGCCAUCCGGACCACAGUCACCUGCGUCUAGCGCUGGAGAAGGCAGAGGAGCUGUGCUCGCAGGUCAACGAAGGCGUGCGCGAGAAAGAAAACUCGGACCGGCUGGAGUGGAUCCAGGCGCAUGUGCAGUGUGAGGGACUGUCGGAGCAACUUGUGUUCAACUCUGUUACCAACUGCCUGGGACCUCGAAAGUUCCUGCACAGCGGCAAACUGUACAAAGCCAAGAGCAACAAGGAGCUUUACGGCUUCCUGUUUAACGACUUCCUGCUCCUCACACAGAUUAUCAAACCUCUGGGCUCGUCCGGAAACGACAAGGUCUUCAGUUCCAAGUCCCACCUGCAGUAUCGCAUGUACAAAACGCCCAUCUUUCUGAACGAGGUGUUGGUGAAGCUCCCUACCGAUCCUUCGGGAGAUGAACCCAUAUUCCACAUAUCUCACAUCGACCGUGUCUACACUAUACGUGCAGAGAGCAUAAAUGAACGGACCGCAUGGGUACAGAAGAUCAAAGCUGCCUCUGAGCUCUUCAUCGAAACGGAGAAGAAGAAAAGAGAGAAAGCCUACCUGGUGAGGUCACAGAGGGCCACAGGGAUUGGACGGCUGAUGGUGAACAUUGUUGAAGGCAUUGAGUUAAAGCCCUGUCGCUCAAAUGGUAAGAGUAACCCGUACUGUGAGGUGACCAUGGGCUCUCAAUGCCACGUCACGAAGACGCUGCAGGACACUCUGAACCCCAAAUGGAACUCGAACUGCCAGUUCUUCAUCAAAGACCUGGAGCAGGACGUGCUGUGUGUCACUGUGUUUGAAAGGGAUCAGUUCUCCCCGGACGAUUUCUUGGGCAGAACGGAGAUUCGGCUGGCCGACAUCAAAAAGGACCAAGGCUCCAAAGGCCCCAUCACCAAGCGUCUGCUUUUACACGAAGUCCCCACGGGCGAGAUCGUGGUCCGACUGGACCUUCAGCUCUUCGACGAACCCUGACCCUCAUCGUACUACUUGACCUUCUGACCUCCAAAUCCCGUAAUCGCUGCUCCUCUGUGGUGAAAGUCCACCAGCCUAACGUGACAAUCCCAUUCCGCCCAGCAUCGUGAACCCCAAAGCGUGUAUGUGUGUUUUUCACGUGAACGUCUGCGGAAGUCUGCAACAGUCUGUGAUCCGGAUCAGAUUUUUAUCGUCUUUGGUACAGGUCUAGUGUGUGAGUGUAAAUGAAGGAUGUGCGGUGGAGGAAAUAUUUCAGUCUAUAAUGAUGUGAAAGAUGUCUGUCUCAGGAUGCUGUAAGUCUUAAUGGAGUCGAACGUGGUCAUAACCGAGUCGGAAAUAGGAGUUCGAUUUGCCACUUUUUUUAAGUGGGCAGAAUCAUUCUAUUGAUUCCAAGUGCCAUUCCAGUGACAGUCUUAUUAUGGGUGAAUCUCACAAAAGUUUUUCUACAAAAAGUAAAAAAAUUAAAUGUGAGACAAAUUAUAUAAAGAUUGUAAAGAAAGUAAUAGUGGUAUUUUAAGUACUUGCUUAAAAUAACAGUUUGGUUCACAGUGAUACUGUAAAUAUAAUGUGUUGUAUUACAGUAGUGAGAAUUUAUUACCAUCUAAACUGUCUAGAUAUAUUACAGUUAGGGCAGAAAACAAGCAUACAUUUGAAUUUAAUAAGUCAUGUUUUAUUAUGAUACUUGUAUUGUUUUUUGUGAGAUUCAUCCAUAAGUCUUACUAGCAGUCAUCAACACUAAAAACUAAAACCACGAAAUUCUAAUUUCAUGAUCAAUUCAUUUCCUUUUUUUCAUCUGUUUUUACUGAAACAUAUCGGCGACAUUUGACACGUUUUAUUAAGUUGCAUAUAAAGUUUUUAGAAUUGUGCCAGUCUUAGAAGGGAUACGGUUAGAUCCGGCUACAAACUGCAAUGUUAUUUUAAUAUAUGCGAGAUGAAUAUACAGGAGGAAAAGGAUUGCGUUUGUUUUUCACUAUUUAAUGUUUCUUUUUUUAUGUAACUUUAUUUUUAUUCUGUUGAGAAUGGAGCGCAUCUAAGGCUAUUAGAAUUAUAAAAAAGGGUUUUCUCUUGAGGGACCAGUACAGGUUUUUUCUCCUAUAUAACACUCCUAAAAAUGACCAUAAGAUGCCUGAGAAUGAACCUACAUCAGUUGAAUUUUAGCAAUAAUUCAUCAAAUCUAUCAUUUUCUUAAGAAAUUCUUCAAUUCGCCCAAUUUGUUUUAUUUUGUUAAAUACCUAUGUAAACUGUAGUGCUUUAUUUAAGUUUCAUAUUGCGUUACUAAUGAGUUCACGGUUUGCUUUUCAUUGAUGUUUCUUUUUUAUUCUUUGCUGUUGUUAUGCAUUAGUGAUAAACACUGUCAUCAUGUUUGUAAACAUGAGAAAUCUCAGUUAAUAGUUUGGCUGUUGUUUGCUUAUUUGAUUUGCUUGUUUGUAACAUACAACAGCAAGAGUUACAUGUUUGCAAAGCUGUUUUAACAUCUUUUCAACAAUCUUAAAUGAAGUGGAAAGGGGAUGCUAAACCCAUAUUCAGCCAUUACUUUCUCCAAAUACGCUGAAGACUCCUUUGUUUUACAUAUUAUGAUCAAAAGUGUAUUUGUUUGUUUGCACCCCAAUUAUCGCACUACUGAGCCUGAGAAAGAUGCUGUUUGGAUUUUGACAUUAGCCGGGGGUCUGUAUGGUUGAAUUUGUGUGUUUUUUUUAUUCAGGAAUCCAAUACACACAUUAAUAUUCCACUGCUGUGCUAGUGAGAUACCGGGGUGAUUCCAGCUUUGGUGGAUCCAGCAAGUUACUUCACUACUUGUUUUUUUCUGUGUGUGUGUGUGUAUAUUUGGGUGUUUUUCUGAGUGCUUUGAAUGCUGUUUGCUGGGUCACUUUUCCAAACCUCCUGAAGAAUAUUUCGGACAAUACAAGAGGUCAUGGUCACGUGUCUGUUAACUUCUGUUACCUCUUUUUUCCUCCCAUCCGCCCCCAAACCCCCCCCCCCCAUCUCUUAUCAUGCACACUGUAUAUUUAAAACCAGGAGAUUUGCCCCACCUUCAUUAUUUUUUAAUGCGCAGACUCCCAUCAAUUCAACAGUAAUAUAUGUGUCUAUGUUUAAAUCUUUGAAUGGAGUAUAAUAUAUUACAACUUGAGAAGUAUAUAUGUUGAUGACAGCUUAUUGUCAUCAAAGUAGAAGCAGUGUGUUGUCUUACUGUUGCAAAUAAAACUCAAUUGGACCAAGGUA